CGGACGCUAACAGCUUCCGAGAAAAGCCGGAAGAGCUCUGACCCUGGACAGAAUCCUGAGUUGCCAGCCCCUCCCCCGGCCCCUACGGAAAGACGAGUACAAAGACUGUCCUGGCGAAGUUAAAACAUUUAUCCUGGCUUUGUCAGGUGAGGCUCUCCUUCCCUAUCCAGGCACAGCACCAACCUAAACCCCCUUUAAUUUCCCAGGACUCUCCGCGUCCUCAAGCCCCGCCCCCAGCUCUUCUGCCCCGCCCCGAAGUUUGAGGGGUGUGGAUGGUUUGUGACCCCCCUCACCUGGCCGUAACCAUCAGCCCGGGAGAGCCGGGCUUGGGCACUGCGGCCGAAACCUGGAGGCCCUUCGUCUCGGGGCGGAGGGGGGCUCAUGGACUCUACUGACACGGGAAUAGGACCUCAGACGCAGAACCUCAGAAAAAGGCACGGUCGGGGACGACUCCCCACUGCGCGGUCAGGGUAGUCCACAGCGGACGAGAAAGCUGAGGCCUUUGAACAGGCAGACACGGGGGUCCUAGCUGGCUCCCGCCCACGCAGUUCCUUGUGUCCUCUGUUUCCAUCUGUCUUCGCCACAGUUUGUGUGUGUGUCUGUGUCUAAAUCACAGUUCGUGACAUUAACCUUAGCAUCAGGGGUUAGUUGUGGGAGUAAGACAUAAUUGCUAUCAUUUGUUUAUCGAACAGUGUUAAUUAUUUUGCUUCGAUGAUUUCACGUCAUCUUCAAAACAACCUUAUGAGUGUGGACCCGGUCAGCAGCCAGGCCAUGGAGCUCUCUGAUGUCACCCUCAUUGAGGGUGUGGGUAAUGAGGUGAUGGUGGUGGCAGGUGUGGUGGUGCUGACUCUAGCCUUGGUCCUAGCCUGGCUCUCCACCUACGUAGCAGACAGCAGUAACAACCAACUGCUGGGCACCAUUGUGUCGGCAGGCGACACGUCUGUUCUCCACCUGGGGCACGUGGACCAGCUGGUAAGCCAAGGCACUCCAGAGCCAACUGAACUCCCCCAUCCGUCAGAGCAUAGCGAUGAGAAGGCUGAAGAGACCAGUGACAGCGGGGGAGAUGCCACCGGGGAACCUGGAGCCAGGGGAGAGAUGGAGCCCAGCCUUGAGCAUCUCCUGGACAUCCAAGGCCUGCCCAAAAGACAAGCCAGCCUAGAGAGCGGCCGUCCAGAAGCUCCACUAGGAUUAGAUGACAGCACCUGCCUCUCUCCCAGCACAAGCCUCAUCAAUGUUCGCCUCAAGUUCCUCAAUGACACCGAGGAGCUAGCUGUAGCCAGGCCAGAGGACACUGUGGGUACCCUAAAAAGCAAAUACUUCCCUGGACAAGAGAGCCAGAUGAAACUGAUCUACCAGGGCCGGCUGCUGCAGGACCCGGCACGCACGCUGAGCUCCCUGAACAUUACCAACAACUGUGUGAUUCACUGCCACCGCUCACCCCCAGGAGCAGCUGCUUCUGGCCCCUCAGCCUCUUUGACCCCCUCAAGCACUGAGCCAUCCAGCCUUGGUGUCAAUGUGGGCAGCCUUAUGGUGCCUGUGUUUGUGGUGCUCUUGGGUGUGGUCUGGUACUUCCGCAUCAAUUACCGCCAGUUCUUCACAGCACCUGCCACUGUCUCCUUGGUGGGCGUCACGGUCUUCUUCAGCUUCCUAGUAUUUGGGAUGUAUGGAAGAUAAGGGCAUUGGGAGACAAAGGCACGGUCUUCCUCCAUCACAGCCUCCCCCCUUUCCUGGCCAGAGCUGGGCCCAAGGACCUGGGAGGGAGGGAUAUGGUGGGUACCCUGUUCAUAGGCCCCAAGAGGCAGGUAUGUGGCCUCCCUUUAUGUCCACAGGGUACAGAUAUCUCUGCAAGCACAACUCAGGUAGAAACAAGGAUAUCAUCUCCCUUCUUUUGGAUUCCCAAGGUUCAAAGGCCAAGCUCGGUGAGAAGCCUGGACCCUAGGCCUUCCCUCCUGGCUGCGGCCCUAGCCCUUUCCCGGUGUCUUGCAUGUCUGCUCCCUAGACCCCAGGGUUGCUGCCAGGGCAGCCCAGCAUGGCCUUAGUGUACCCCUGUAGGGAACCUGAAGCACCUUCCACUCCUUAGAUGAGUGGAUCUUUUGAAACUUAAAUUCACAGGCAGGGGUGAAGACUGCCAACUCUCCCUAUAGCACCCAGCUACCACCUCCUCCCUGUGCCCCUUGUAGCAGGAAUAGGAAAUUUUGCUUUCUUUCAAAGCACUUUGCUUGCCCUUCUUUUUCUAAUAGCCUUGUAUAGAGCUUAGUCAGGAAGGAGACUGGGGCAGAAGGCCAAGCCCCCAGCAUUGAGAGACCAAGCCGCAGCUGCCGCUAACCUAGGCCCAAGACUGCAAAAGAGCACUGGCUCUAAUCCAGUGCCCUGCUCAGUUCCAAGGACGAACUCUGGGUAUAGACUACCCUACCCUAGGCCCUUAGAUGGCCAGUCAUUAUGAGCAAAUAAACUCCCAUUUUGUGGCAA